AUGCCUGAAACAAUCCUCGUUAUCGGCGGCACUGGUGCCCAGGGAGUUCCUGUCGUCAAAGCACUUGCGUCCGAUGGUAAAUAUGCCGUCCGUGUCCUUACCAGGACCGCUUCUUCUCAAGAAGCAAAAGAACUCGCCACAAUCCCGGGGGUCACGAUUUUUGAAGGGGAUAGCUACUAUGAGCCCACUCUCCUUAAGGCUUUCGAUGGCGUCUCAUAUCUAUUCGCCAAUACGAAUGGUUUUGCUAUUGGCGAAAAGGCCGAGAUCUAUUGGGGUAUCCGCCUUUAUGAACUAUCUCGACAGUUCGGCCUGAAGCAUUUCGUCUAUGCCGGCCUCGAAUAUGCCUCUAGGCUCGGGAACUUCAACCCCAAAUAUAGAACCGGCCAUCUGGACGGAAAGGGAAAGGUUGUCGAUUAUAUUAAAUCUCAACCAACUGAGCCAAUGGCAUGGUCUAUCCUGACCUCUUGCCUCUAUAUCGAAGGCCUAUCCGAAAUUCUUCGACCUUUCCCCAACCCCAUUGACCCUGAUACCAUGGUCUUUGUUCUGCCUAUUGGAAACGCGAGAAUGCCACUUAUAUAUCUUGAAGACUAUGGAUCUUACGCCCGGUGGCUUUUUGACACCACGGACCGUAGCAAUGGCCUUGAAUUACAUGUGGCUACCGAAGAUAUCGCAUGGAAGGAUGUCGCUACGGCAUAUACAGAAGUCACCGGCAGAAAGGCAAUUUACAAAGAUGUCACUUUGGACGAAUACUUCAACUUAGGAAUCUUCCCCCAACCAGAUGCGAAAAUUGGCCAUUCCGCUGAUCGCAAUGAUCCCACCCUGUUUACGUUCCGGGAGAACUUUUCGGGCUUCUGGAAUACCUGGAAAGAUGAGCUGACCAAGAGGGACUAUGCGCUGUUGGAUGAAAUUUUGCCUUCCAGAGUGAAAUCGGUAAAGGAAUGGAUGUUAAAGGUUGGCUACACGGGAGAGCCUUCGUCGGUAUUGAAAGAUUAUCGUGACCAAGCUGUCGCCGGUAGCAAACAAGAAGCACAAUAA